AUGGUGGCCACCAGGCGAGCGGGGCGGCGGAGCGAGCCGAUGCCGUCUUCGGCGGGAAGCAACGCUUCUCCGAUGUGUCCCUCAAUGGAAGGCAGCACGUCUGUGAGGGCAACUAGGAGCAAAAGUAAAGUGGAUUCCUACCCAGAUGUCAUUCCUGAAUCUUGUUUUGAGAAAAUGAAGGAGCCUAAAACAAAACCAGAUGUUGAAGAGCAUUUGGAAGAGCAAGCAACUCAGAAAAGGAGUGAAGCUACACAUUUAGCAGACUCAGUUGCUGAACUCCAGGCUGAUGGAUAUAUUUCGGAAGCAGAAUCAAAUUGUUCCUCUGUCUCUGGUCUUCAGACACCCUUGUUCAUAAGGAUAACAAGAAGGCGGCAAAUUGUAGUUCCUUGUCAGUUAGAAUCUCCAGCUAAGAAUAAACAAAGCAGGAAAGCACUUCCCAAUGAAGACAGCAAAUGCCAAGAUGAUGAUAUCUCUGAAUCGGAGUCAUGUUCUUCCACUGUUUCAGGAGUGCAAACCUCCAGUACUACAAGAAUGACUAGAAGCAGGCAAGCCAAGACCAGUAUAUUACCUGUGUGUGAAACACAAGCCGAAGUGAUUUCUGAUGCAGAAUCAUGGUGCUCGGGUAUAUCCAUAGAACCUUCUGUUCAAUUUAAAAGAAUGACAAGAAGCAUGCGACUGAAACCACAAACAGAAACAAUAUCACACAGUGAAAGGAAAAGUGAAGUUGUGGUAGGGGAUGAAAAGUUGCUUCAAUAUGUAACUAAAUCCCAGACAAUAGUGAUUUCUGAUACAGAACCUACAAGAUCUGAUUUUGAUAAGCAACUAUCAUCCUGUGUAUCAACUACUCAAAAUAAUGAGCAGCCUGGCUCCUGUAAAUCAAAGUACCAUUCUGAAUCGAUCAGUGGUGGUGAUCUAAAGGAGAGAUUUUCAAGCAGCUGUAAGAAAACAGAUAGGGAAUCUACAAAAACGACACGUAAAAAAGAGAUGCAAAAGGAUAGCGAUUGUAAAAUUGUGGACAGUGCAGAGGAAAAGGUAGGAAAGAACAAAAACAUAAGGGAAUCUUAUGUUUUCUUAACAAAAGACAUAUCAAAUGAUAUUUAUGAAAUUGUGGAGAGCGCAGAAGAAAUGUGUAAUCAAACAUCAGAAGAACCUAGAAAAGCGCCUGAAAAAUUGUCUCCAGUGAAUCGUACAGCCACAUUCUCAAGGCAGACAACCCCUAAUAAAGACAAACACAGUCCGGAAACCAGAAGGCUUAUACAGAGUUGUUUCUGUCAAGCAGAAGAGACAAUAGAAGUGGACAAGCUACAUGAAACAGGCGAUCCACAAAAUGAUAUCAUCCCAUCACAGACUAUUGAAAGCAGCGAUGAUGAUUGCAAGGUGUCUGUUGUUAGUAUAGACAGCGAUGGAAGCCAGGAGGAGCCAGUGGCUGAAUCCUCUUCAUGCACAGCCAAACAAACAGGGGAUGAGUGGUGUUCCACUAUGUCACUUCUUAUCAGUGAUGAGAGCAGUGAAUCUGACAGCAGUGAUCUGGAAAAAACAAAUGAAAUGAAAAUGACUGCUAGUUGUGCAGAUAGCCGUAAGCAAAAUGCAUUGGCCUUGGAUACCUCUCACAGUGAAGGGGUGUUUGUAAUCGACAAAACUCCUGGCUUAGACUCUAGCAAAGCAUACUAUUUAGAAGAGAAGGACACAGGGAAUGAUGGGGAAGGUACGAAAAGCAAGCAGUCCUCUGAGUUGGAAGAAGAUGAAGAGGAAUUUAUUGACGAGGAUGAAGGUUCAUCGAGAGUGACUCAUCAAGCUUUGUCAUUAUCAAGCAGCAUUGAUCCUGGCCUAAAUCUUGAAGACCUGGGAGGGUUAUAUAUUAAUUUUGAUGCAGGAAAGCAGAAGCCUAGCUCACAUGGAAUUGUUCCACUGAAGGAGAGAAAAAAAGAUGAGCUCUUGCAGAGUAGUACUAUAACUCCAGACUUUGAAAAAAGGGAAUGUGUUCCACCCUUAAGAGAAUCAGUCCACCAGCUAAAGAAACAACGUAGGGCAGAGCGUGAAAAAACAACAGGUGAUGGCUGGUUUGGUAUGAAAGCCCCUGAAAUGACCGAUGAAUUGAAAAAUGAUCUUCAGGCCCUGAAGAUGAGAGCAGCCAUGGAUCCUAAACGUUUUUAUAAAAAGAAUGAUAGAGAAGGUCUCCCAAAAUACUUCCAGAUUGGAACUAUUGUGGAUUCUCCAGUAGACUUCUAUCAUGCUCGAAUUCCCAAGAGAGAAAGGAAGAAAACUAUUGUGGAAGAACUUCUGGCAGAUGCUGAAUUUAGAAGAUACAACAAAAGAAAGUAUCAAGACAUUAUAGCUGAAAAGACAGCCCUUGCCACAGGCAAGAAAAACAGGAAAAAGAAGAAAUUUCAUAAAUAAGAUGGAACACUGCUUUGUGUAAAUUUACAAAUUAUGAGUUAAUAUUUAUCACAUAAGAAACAGGACAUAACAGUCCU